CUUUCUUCUUUGCUUCCUUUUUCUUUCUUUUCCUUAUGGCAUCCGCUAGAAAAAGAGGCGCCGACGAAAUCGAUCGCACCAACAGCGAUGAGCGAGACGCCCAGCAAGUCCCUGAUAACAACGAUGAGUUGAUCGUUGGAGCAGGCUCAACAAAGCGGCGCCAACCUCUUUCAGCAAAUGAUCACGAAUCAGCAACAGCAGCAGCUGAAGAUCCAACAACUACCGAUCGUGAACCUGCUUCAGAAAAUUACGCGCCAAUUUCAGCAAAAGACGAACAAGUGCCAAGUGUAAACAAAGAGGAACAGCAGUCAGCAGCAGUUCCAGACGAUCAAGACAAUAAUAAUACAGAAUCAGUAGAUCACAAUUCGGCAUCAGCGACACCAACAACGAAAGAAAAUCGUACUGUUGAGGCAGUUUCAUUAAAUGAACAGGUAUCUGUGUCAACAGCAUUAGCAACAGAAAAUGAGGAGCAACAAAGACAUGUACCACCCGUCCCAACAAGACAGCCCGAGUCAGCACCAACUACAUCCACACACAGAGACUAUCAAGUGGUUCCAGCAAGAGAACCCACUAUCUUCAACAUAAGACCUGUUGAUGAUGUCGCGCUUUAUAUUGCCGAUAUCGUUGGCGAGCAUUGUAAGAGGCAGCAUGUAGAGAUCGAAGCCAAGCUGGGCACAUUUGUCGACAAGCACACGGGCCAACGGAUUAAUAUGGGAGCCGUAACGGAGACAGUUCUCAACGGGUUGGAGCACCGAGUACGAUUCGAGGCCAACAUGCCCCAGAAGCAGCACCAUCAUUUCAACAAAAUGCUCAACGCGCUAGUCACAAAGUCUCAAGCACGCGAUUAUAGACGAGAGCGGAUUCGAUAUUUGCAUACAAAAGAAACGGACAGCUUUUAUCCUGUAGGACGUGACAAAUGGCGAGUAACAACGGAUCAACAAACGGGUCAGAUUGUACCGAACGGUAUCAUUGAAAAACAACGGGUCAUGAACAUCAACAUCCACGUACCCAAGCAACCACUCGACUACAGAAUAUCCAUCAACAUUGAAAUGCCUCGACCUCGACCCCAGGGAAGACCAAGCUUUCAGCGCCAUAAAGAUCGCGUAUCAUACAAGCAUGGUGGUAUCCAAUUUGAUUUGACCCAAGUCAAAGGUGGUGAUUAUAACGAUGAAGUGCGUCAUGAGCUGGAGUUGGAGAUCAUGGACCCGCUAGUGCUUGCUAGAGAAAAGAGUAAAGCAGACAGACGGGAAGCGUCGCAAUAUACAGAACUCGUAGAAUCGUUCAUCAACAACGUGCGGAUGCUAUGCCGAGGUGCCUUGAAGAUGUCGAAUAUCGUCUAACUAAAAAUAAUAAUAAACACAUUGCAGCAAUAUUGGGUUUUUCAUUACACAAACCAAGCAUACAAAGAGAAUUUAAUCCC